CGCCUCCCCUACAUAUAGUAGUUGAUGGGGUUUGGCCAGUCAGGUGAUAUUUUCCGCUUCACCAUUUUGUGCUGCUGCUCCGCGGUGUAUUUAACAGAAGAUUCGUGACUUGUCCAAAUACAUCUCUAGUUAGCUACAUAGGUUUCCCAGUUUACAUUUAAAGAGCGUGUGGCCGUCGAUAGGUGUAGUCGGUAAGCCAUUAAGGGGAACCGCAAUAUCCGUUUGGUAUUCUUUUAAACCGAGAAUGUCGUCCGAAAGCCCCGAAUACUCUCCGUUCUUCGCAGUGAUGGGAGCCUCUGCAGCUAUGGUUUUCAGCGCCUUGGGAGCAGCCUAUGGCACGGCUAAGAGUGGAACAGGAAUUGCUGCCAUGUCAGUGAUGAGGCCAGAGCUCAUCAUGAAGUCCAUCAUUCCAGUGGUCAUGGCGGGUAUUAUAGCCAUCUACGGCCUGGUGGUAGCGGUGCUCAUCGCCAACAACAUCUCCGAGAAGGUCACCCUCUACAAGAGUUUCCUUCAUCUUGGUGCUGGGCUGAGUGUGGGCUUGAGCGGGUUGGCAGCUGGCUUUGCAAUUGGUAUUGUAGGUGAUGCGGGGGUUCGGGGCACGGCGCAGCAGCCCCGGCUCUUCGUGGGCAUGAUCCUCAUCUUAAUCUUUGCCGAGGUCCUCGGGCUCUACGGUCUCAUCGUGGCCCUCAUCCUGUCCACGAAAUAAACCAACAACCUCUCCACCAAUCUGUCUUAUGUUGCUGAAGGAGGAAAAAAAUAAAUGAAUGACAAAAUACAAAUAAAUUAUUGUAUAAUAAAAAAUGGCUCCAUAAAUAUGGUCUUCUCUCUACAAUGUGUACAGUUGUCCCAAUUUGAUAGUCAUAUGCAAUGUAGUGAUUUGUCUGUCCUGUGUGUUGCAAAAUGUAUGAAGAUUCCCCCCCCACUGGUUUACAGCCUCCAUGCUUGCCAGGUUUCUUGCUGAUUUCUGCCUCUGGUCUUAGAGCUGACCAAAGGGCCCCCACUGGCUUACAGCCUCCUGCAUUGAUCUGGCUGUUUACAUGAUUUCUGCAUUUAAUGUCUGAGGAUCUAUUUGUAAAGGAACAUAUGUAUGGACUUAAAGUUGUUUUUUUUUUGUUUUAUUUAUAAAUGUUUAAAUGGGGCAAACAUCUUUAAUUCCCCAUGAAUUCUAUAGAUUUAAUGCACUGUGGGUUAACUGUGAUGUGGUUGGAGUUCCUCUGGAUGUAUUAUUUGGGUUAAGAUUGCCUUCAGUGUGUGGCUGGUGGAGUGGGCGUUGUGUAACUGUAUUUUAAUCGGGAUGAAAACAUUGCAGUGUUUCGAAUGUGUUCAUGUAGUACCGCUGUUUGAUUGCAUUAAAGGUUGUUGCCCAGUGUUGGGUCUCACAAGUGUAAUUUUCAAAACAUCUUCUCUCCAGCUUCUUCAUCCCUGCUCGUCUGUUGAUUGUUCACCACACAUCGCUUCCAGUAAACAUGCCUGGAGUUAGAUUUUGGUUGAAAAUUCCUUGUACUUACUGUAAUUCAAAUGGGUAGCCAGGUGAUGUUUUGGUGUAGGAAUGUUUCACAGGUAGUAUGCUUAAGAUAUGGGUUAUUUUCAAGGUGAUGUUGGUAGAAAAAAAAGGGUACCAUUUAGCUCAAUUCAUUGUUUUAGAAAUCUUACAUUUUUAUUAAAAAUAAACUUCAUUUGAAUU